AUGACAAAAACACUUUCGUAUGUAAAGGAAGAAAAGGACAUCAAGCCGAUUGCUGAUCGCGAAAAGAAAGUUGAUUCUGCUAGAAGUGUUUUCCAGGUUCUAUGCGUCGAAAAUGCUUUUGCUCACCGUCUGGACAUUACUCCAUAUCGCAGUGGUUUCGCUGUCAUCUACGAAGCAUUUGUGCAAUGGAUUCAGGUGUUGCAAUGGCCGCUGAUAAUAUCUUCAUCGGCAACAACAGUAAGUAUCCUAUGGAGACUGGUGAUGCUCUAUUUUGCGUAUCGUCGAAUGGUAUGUGCUACGAAGCCGCCAUCACGCGCUGGCACUUUUACGCAGCAGCCAUCCGCUUAUGAACAGCUCAAAAUCAAUCUCAGUCAAAAGGACGGAGGACGCUUAAAUGAUUACGAUGAGUUUUGGCCGGUGCGAUACAGUGUGCGGAAGAUUUAUGGGCCACCGUCAGAAGGCAAUUACGAAGAAAAAGCUGCACCAUUGAAAUCCAAUAAAGAAACAUAUGAAAACGUACUUGUGAAGGUAGAUCGUUUAAGUGACUAUGCAUUUAUUAAAACACUACAGGGUAAAGUUUUAAAUGAAACCAGUAGCCGGAGGCAUUAG